UCGAGAAUUGGUUUGUUUUGUUUGCUUCAGAAAUAUUUAGUUUUAGCAUUUGUGCUGUAACUGGACAAUUUUGAGCAUUGAUUUGACUCGAACAAAUAAUAUUGGAGAAGUGAUAUGGCUUAUGUUAGAAACAACCUGUACCAGUGCAGCUUUUGCUCCAAUACAUGCAAUGAGCGAUUCCAUCACGUGCUGGUCCCCUUUCACCAAGAACAGAAACUAAAGACCGUCCUGCAGAAGUUGAACAAUUUCACUUCUCAGUUGACCAGUUAUCCUACAUGCGACAAAUGUCGCCAAGAAUUCAUAACCGUCCACAACAUUCCUGAGAGCUGUUUCCAAAUUUUGCCCAGCACCAAUUCGACUGAUGAUAUCAAGAUGGAUCCAGAGUUAAUGAUUGAAGGCCACGAGCUGCCGGGUAACGGAAACAUUUUUGAGACAGAUCCAAUAGUUGAUAUUGGGUCAAUUGAACAGGAAGCCGACAAACAAAUCAAUGGAGAAAAUGGAGAAGUAUUCUACAUCAACGAAAUGGACGAAGAAGACAACAGUGCAUCAACAAUUCCGAAUGCUAGAACAAAUACACAAAGAAAAAAUGAUUUGGAUUCUUCACAGAAGGAAGUUUGCUUAUCUUCAAUCCGCCAGAAACGAUGGAAACCAUUUAAAUGUGAUAUGUGUAAAAAAACAUUCACCGCAAAACACAGCGUUAGAGUGCACAUGCGAGUUCAUACGGGUGAACGACCCUUUUCGUGUUCACAUUGUCAGAAAACAUUUAAGGAAUCCUCAACGCUCCUAAGGCACAUUCGAAUUCAUACGGGUGAACGUCCCCAUUCUUGUCCACAUUGUCCGAGAACAUUUAUACAACAUUCAACACUCCAAGACCACAUACGAAGCCAUACGGGUGAACGUCCCUAUUCGUGUUCACAUUGUCAGGACGCAUUUAGUAAUAAUAAAUUGCUCAAUUAUCAUAUGCGAACAACUCAUCCGGGUAUGUUGGAAACGAAUAAACGGAGAGAUAAAAGUUUGGAUGAUUCGCUGGAGGAAGAUCUCAUAUGGUUACAAACGGGAGAAAAACAAUUGAAAUGCGAUAAGUGUGAAAAAACAUUUGGCUCAAAAUUAGGACUCAAAGUGCACAUUCGAACUCAUACAGGUGAACGUCCGUAUCCCUGUCCACAUUGUCAGAAAGCGUUUAAAGAUUCUUCGGAGCUCGUUUCGCACAUUCGGAAUCAUACGGGCGAACGUCCCUAUCCUUGUCCACAUUGUCAGAAAGCGUUUAAGCGAAAUACUGCACUCAAAAACCAUAUUCGAACUCACACGGGUGAACGUCCAUAUUCCUGUCAACAUUGUCCGAAAAUGUUCACACUUCGUCCAUCUCUCACAUAUCACCUGCGAACAACUCAUAUGGGUUUGUUGGAAACGAAUAAACAGAGAGAUAGUUAUUCGGAUGAUUCGCAGGAGGAAGAUCACAUACGAUUACACAGGGUAAAUAUGUGCUUUUAUAUUCUGAAAACAUUGACUGAUAAUCUAUUUCAGGAGAAGAGCCAUUGAAAUGUGAAUAAUGUGCAAAAAUAGGAUCGCCUAUACCUAGCUACACGGAUGGGAGACAAAAGACUGUGAUUGUUGGGAACAGUUGCUCUGAAUUGAGUUAUUUUAACUGCUCUGAAAUCGAUAAAUUCUACUUUUUUAAUACUCCAAAUAAUGCCCCAAAAAUUAGCCGUCUGUUAUAUGAACUGAAUAUCCUUCAAACGGGUUGUAAAAUUUGAAGCGGUACAAAGAAUCCGGAGCCGUUACUGUAUCGCUAGAUGAUUCAGAUUAAAUGUCUUAAGGUCUGAAUGCUCUCUUGAGAAGUUUGGGUGGUUCCCGUAGUGUACUGAUCUCAAAGUGUGCUGCUUAUUUACAGGGACGGAAAGCGGAAUGGACAAGUGGAUUUUGGGGAAUGUAACAGGAUGAAUAAUAACAUAAGUAUUUCUCAGGAUGGCUUAAGUUGGGGUACAAAAACAUAGAAGGCCUGAUCAAGGCCGAUUUAAACCUCUCGUGAACAUGAACGAAAACAAACACUUUUUGUUAGUAAUUCAUCAGUGCAUAUAUAAAUCAGGAGGAAAACAUCUUGAAACGAUACAAAACAUUUUUUAGAUGAAGAAAUGGGUGGGUUAUAUCUAGGAUAUAAACGCAAUGUUGACAUUGGCUGUUGAAGAACCAGUCUCUUGCACUCACCAUACAUAGCAACCGUGGGAACUAAAUUGCCCAUACUUUUUCAGAAUUGACAGAACUAGUUCACUUCCGUUCAUUACUCCAUGUUAUGGCGGGUUUACAUUAGGGAGAUCUAUAGCUAUAGAUGGACUUAUUCGCGUGAAAAUAGGUGUAAACGGGUGAUAAUAAAUAUGAUACGCUUAUUCGAGGUAUAUAUAACUUGAAUAAAUUCAGCAUAUGUAAACGCUUGUGAAUUUCUCACUGGUGAGAAAUCACUAAAGUUGGAUGACGUUCUACUUCAGGUGAAUGAAUUCACCGAAAAUAUGAAUAUAUUCAUUAUAGAAGUUCACGCUAGUGUAAACGGUUGAUGCGAUUUCUAUAAAUCUCAUCAUAUUUCUUCACAUGAAUAUAUCACUAAUCUAAACCCACCCUUAUAUAAUAUUAAAAGCAAUAAACACGUUUUCUUUUAUACUGCGUAAAGUUUCGUCGGUCUUGUUAUUAAU